AAAAAUUCUUGUCGAGUCUUAUACAUAACCUCAACUUCUUACAUCAAGAUGAAGGUCCUCAGUCUUAAUUUCCUGACCUGCGCGGUCAAGGCGUGCAAAAGCUCCUCGAAUUCGUAUCCCCUUCAUCCCAAAGAUGCAGAGCUGGUGCAGGACGAUAUCGAGGUGAAUGCCCAACUGCUGCUCAAUGUACUGCCCCGCAUCGAUUGGACAGCUUUGUCUACGACGGCUACCGAACUCGGCUUCCCAGCCCUACCGCCUCAAGCGCCAUCAGUGGAAGAGCUACAAGGCGACGAGCAGAAGAUGAAGGACCUGCACAACCUGCUCAUGGAGACGCAGAUCAUGGAGGGCAAGCUCGUGUGCGCCAACUGUGGCCACGAGUAUGCCGUCCGUGAGGGCAUCGCCAACUUUCUUUUGCCGAGUCACCUGGUUUAGCAUUGUUAGCAUUUGCUAGGACGGGGGAGCUUGAGGCAAGGCGAGGCAUGGCAAGUGGGCACUGAACUGUGCUACUAUUUGGAAUCUAUCUAGACGACUACAAGCACAUAAGGCUUGGGUGGGCGUUCCGGAGUUAAGCUGAGGCGCGAAAACUACAUCUGGCCUAUGAGGUUACUCUAUAGGCACGGCGGAGAGAACCUUCAAAAGGGGCGAGGAGAAAGGG